CUCAGCAAAACCGAAUCAAACUCGCACCUUAAGAUCUUCACCGUUUCUUUGAGCUAUCAUUCUGUGCUGUGAAAAUGGCGAGCAAGCCAGGAGGAGCAGGAGAGAAGAAGCCUGCGGCGGCUGAUAAGGGAAGCGAUGCGAAGCUAGACCAGGCAAUGAAGGACAGUCCUUACCUGCAGUAUGAUAACUUGGAGGAUUACAAGCGCCAGGGGUACGGAACCGAGGGGCAUCAACAGGUGCAGCCGGGUCGGGGCCCCGGAACCACCGAGGGUCCGACGGAGUCCGGGGCCUCCAAGGCGGAUGUUUCCGCCACUGAAACUAUCAACCGCCAAGGCGUUAACUAAUUUGUUAUCUACGAAUCUACGAUCUAUGCAUUUGUACUGUAAUGCUGUUUCACGAAGUGUUUAUGCGUAAACUUGGUUUCGUUCUGUUGUGCAUGUAUGGAAUCAAUGAUCUAUGUAUAACACCCCCAUUAUAUAUGUGUCGUUUAUGGUUAUAUGGAAUUUCCUUCAGUAUCAUCUUCUUGUAAAUCUGGAGAUCUCUGGAGAGGGUUGCGCAGAUUCAUGAAAUCAUUUCUGUUCAAGCAACUAAUUGUUCUCACACUUUCUUAUUUGUGUUGUUGUUGUUAGCUUUUGUCAUGUAAAUAGUACGUUUUGAACAUUUUGUGUAUAAACUUGUUUUUUUUU